UUUAGUCUGAUACCAAGUAUUAGUUAUAUGCGAAGACUGCAUAAACCAGCUUAAACUAUAGACCAUACAAGUAAACUAGGUGAAAACUUUAAUUCACCACGUUUCGUUUCUUGAUCUUUAAAUCCCGGAAGUAGCGUUACGGGUAACCCAGCGCUAUGUGAAUAUGGGGUGACUUUAUAAGCGUUAUCACGUCAGGUUUGACAGGUUUUAUGAUGCAACGACAGUUGUGUAUGAGUCAUCGUCGACCGUUUUGGAAAGUGAAAGAUAUGCACUUUCUUGUGCAUGAACACAAGCAACGAACAGGGCGCAACUUGUAUUGAAGUCGUGUUUUUAUUGUUGUCAAAAGAAAUCGUACCAAUGGUUUGGCUUCGUAUGUCCCUAAAGCAACGAUAUUGUCUCCUGCUGUGUGUUGCUGUCGGAGCGAUUCUUGCUUAUUUCAAAAGGAAUCGACUUGAGGUAGUAAGAAUGAAGCGUGUGGAGGGUCUGAGGGCCAACUCGACUCAGUUCACUCUGGAGGGAAAACCCUUCCACAUCAUGGGGGGCUCCAUCCAUUACUUCCGUGUCCCCAGAGCCUACUGGGAGGACCGGCUGCUGAAGAUGAAGGCCUGUGGCCUCAAUACCCUGACAACGUAUGUGCCAUGGAAUCUGCACGAGCCUGAGCGAGGGGUGUUCAACUUUGAUGACCAAUUGGAUUUGGAAGCAUACCUCCGUCUUGCAGCCAGUUUGGACCUUUGGGUGAUUCUGCGUCCAGGGCCGUACAUCUGUGCAGAGUGGGAUCUAGGUGGCCUACCCAGUUGGCUACUACGAGAUAAAAACAUGAAACUGAGAACAACCUACCCCGGAUUCACUGAUGCCGUUAACUCCUUCUUUAAUCAUCUCAUUGAGAAAGUCGUACCACAUCAGUACUCCAAGGGUGGCCCAAUUAUCGCAGUUCAAGUGGAGAAUGAAUAUGGCUCCUAUGCCAAAGAUGACAAGUACAUGCCUUUCAUCAAGGAGUCGUUGUUGUCAAGGGGUAUCUCAGAGCUGCUGCUGACCUCAGACAACAAGGAAGGACUAAAGCUUGGUGGAGUGAAAGGAGCACUAGAAACCAUCAAUUUCCAGAAGCUUAACCCAAAGGACAUCAAGUAUCUGGAUGAGAUACAACCUCACAAGCCGAAGAUGGUGAUGGAGUACUGGUCUGGCUGGUUCGAUCUUUGGGGGGACCUUCAUCACGUCUACCCAGCUGAGGACAUGAUACCUGUGGUCACAGAGAUCCUGAAACUGAACAUGUCUAUCAACCUCUACAUGUUCCACGGAGGGACAAACUUUGGCUUUAUGAGCGGAGCGUUUGCAGUUGGAAUGCCAGCACCUAAAGCUAUGGUGACAAGCUAUGAUUACGAUGCUCCAUUAUCCGAGACGGGGGAUUACACCACCAAGUACCAUCUUCUGAGGAAUUUAUUCAGCCAGUACCACGCCCAGCCUCUCCCUGUGCUGCCUCCUCAUCAGAACAGGAGAGCGUACCAGGCUGUUGUCACCCAGCAUCACCUGUCUCUGUGGGUCACUCUGCAAUUCACUGACAAGCCCUUUAAGUCAGAGAGGCCGGUGAACAUGGAGAACCUCCCUGUCAACAACAACAACGGUCAGUCCUACGGCUAUACGCUGUAUGAGACCACCAUCACCAGCGGAGGGGCCCUCAACUCCAAGAACAACAUCAGAGACAGAGCACUGGUUUAUGUGGACAAACAUUUUGUUGGUGUUCUGGAUUAUAAGACGCAAGAACUCGCAGUCCCCUACGGAAAGGAAAAAAGAACUCUAAGCUUACUCGUGGAGAACUGUGGAAGAGUGAACUAUGGGAAAACCCUGGAUGAGCAGCGCAAAGGUCUUGUUGGAGAUAUCGAGUUUAACAAGAACCCCCUCCGUGACUUUGUUAUCCGCAGUCUGGAUAUGAAGCCUGGCUUUGUAAACAGACUUGAGGGUUCUGGCCAUUGGAUGUCUUUGCGUCAGCGGCCCUCCUUCCCGGGGUUUUUCCAGGCCAAACUCUACGUGAACAGUUCUCCUAAAGACACCUUCAUCAAACUCCCCGGCUGGAGCAAAGGUGUCGUGUUUAUUAACGGCAGGAAUCUGGGACGCUACUGUUCCACCGGUCCUCAGCAAACUCUCUAUGUCCCGGGCCCCUGGCUCCACAGGGGGGACAACCAGGUCAUUGUGUUUGAAGAGCAGGAAGCAGAUGGCAAAAUUCAGUUCUCCAGCAGCCCGGACUAUGGCAUGUCAGUCGAUGUCCAGUGAGGACAGAAGGUGAGAGGGCGGUGUGGAUGAGGAAAGGAGGAUGAUGGGAGAGAUUACAGUGAGCUUCGUCUGCUCAGGCACUGAUGGCGUGUCGAGACCAGCAGCCAUGAAAAGUGACAUGAAGCCGUGAGGAUGACUUUUUGUUCCCCGUAGGAACAAUAGACUUGAGAGUUUCCCAAUUGCCUCAAGUGCUUUUCCAAACUAGAGGAUCCUUCAUAGUGUAUCAAUAACUGAGCAUUUCCUUCACAGGAUUCUUACGGAUGCAUGCAACAAGCCUUUACAUGUAACGCAUUUCCUGUCCCUUGUUUGGGAGUAAAGGAGGUUAUAUCACCUUCAAUCAUAACUCAUAUUAGACCUGCACACUUGGUGAGUUAAGGCGUUAAUUUGAACAGAACAGAGUUUGUUAUAUUGCAAGUAAAGAACGAUGAAGGUUGGUUUGGAUUAGUUUUUAUUUGUUUCUGUCGUGUUCAAAGGAAGUAUGUUAUAUAAUGAUCAGCAGGGUAAAAUGGCUGUUUGUGUAAUUGGAGUCUGGUGGCUUUUCUGAGAGCAUAAUGGUUGUUUCUUAUUACAUUUCACUUGGAGAGUUAAGGUUUUAUUUAGAUCGAAAUGAUUGUUCCAACAACUGAAAUUGUAUUUUGUUCAGUCAAGUUUGAAUGAAGUGUUAUGAUCAGGUCAAAUUAAGAUUUCUGUCGAAGGGCUUUAAUAAGAGCAUAUUAAUUGUAUGUUUUGUCAUUUCAUUUUUUAUAAUACUUGUAUAAAAACGUGUUGACUUUUUGUGUGAAUCUGUUAAUAUUGUGAAAAAGACCCUGAUUUGUUGAGAAACACCCACCGUUUUUCUUUAAAUGACUGUAUUCCUGCCAAUCUGUUCAAUACUUUUAGUAACAAUGUCAUUAACGUUCAUUCAAAUACUUAUUUUUGGACGCCAAGAGACUGUUGUUUAUAAUAAUGAAGUGAGAAUCUCCGCCUCCACCACACUUAAUUUAUAAAUUGCAGACCGCCUGAUAACUGUGAAUAAAGAUGCUUUCGACCUCUG